AUGUACCAGGCAGUCCUUCCUGUCUCCUGUUCCAGUGACGGCUCUGUGGGGCUGUGGGACCCAGAACGGCAACAGCAGCUUGGCCAGUUUCUAGGUCAUCAGAGUGCCGUGAGCGCCGUGGUGGCCGUGGAAGAACACGUGGUGUCUGUGGGCCGAGAUGGGACCUUGAAAGUGUGGGACCAUCAGGGCGUGGAGCUGACGAGCAUCCCUGCUCACUCGGGACCUAUCAGCCACUGUGCAGCUGCCCUGGAGCCCCGGGCAGCUGGGCAGCCUGGGUCAGAGCUUCUGGUGGUGACUGUUGGACUGGAUGGGGCCGCACGGUUGUGGCAUCCACUCUUGGUGUUUCAAACACACACCCUCCUGGGACACAGUGGCCCAAUCAGUGCAGCUGCAGUUUCAGAGACCUCAGGCGUCCUGUUGACCGCCUCAGAGGAUGGUUCCGUACGGCUCUGGCAGGUCCCUGAGGAAGCAGAUGACACAUACACGCCCAGGAGUCCUGCAGCCAUCACCGCUGUGGCGUGGGCCCCAGAUGGUUCCGUGGCAGCGUCUGGGAAUCGAACUGGGGAACUAACCCUGUGGCACAAAGCUAAGGCUGUGGCCACAGCACAGGCUCCGGGCCACAUCAGUGCUCUGGUGUGGUACUCGGCACACACCUUGAUUGUUCUCAGCGCUGAUGAAAAGGUCAGCGAGUGGCAAGUGGAACUGCAGGAGGGUUCGACACCCGGAAAUUUCAGUCUUCACCUGAACCGAGUUCUGCAGGAGGACUUAGGCUUCCUGACAGGAGUGGCCCUGGCUCCAGACGGUCACUCCCUCCUCUUGGCCGAUGCGGGUUUGCAGUUACAGUGCAUGAAGCCAGGGGAUGCUCCUUCUGUAAUCUGGAGCAGCCACCAUUCAGAAUGUGCUAUGUUAUUGUCCACCCAUCAAGACUAUGGUGUGUUUGUCCUGCAGCCAGCGAAACCUGGAGGCCUUUUUUUCUUA